AUGGAGACUAUAGAGGAGAGGGAUUACAGGGAGACUAGAGAGGAGAGGGAUUACAGGGAGACUAGAGAGGAGAGGGAUUACAGGGAGACUAGAGAGGAGAGGGAUUACAGGGAGACUAGAGAGGAGAGGGAUUACAGGGAGACAAGAGAGGAGAGGGAUUACAGGGAGACUAGAGAGGAGAGGGAUUACAGGGAGACUAGAGAGGAGAGGGAUUACAGGGAGACAAGACGGGAAAGGGAUUACAGGGAGACAAGAGAGGAGAGGGAUUACAGGGAGACUAGAGAGGAGAGGGAUUACAGGAAGACUAGAGAGGAGAGGGGAGAGGGAUUACAGGGAGACAAGAGAAGAGAGGGAUUACAGGGAGACGAGAGGAGAGGGAUUACAGGGAGACAAGAGAAGAGAGGGAUUACAGGGAGACGAGAGGAGAGGGAUUACAGGGAGACUAGAGGGGACAGGGAUUACAGGGAGACAAGAGAGGAGAGGGAUUACAGGGAGACGAGAGGAGAGGGAUUACAGGGAGACAGUGUGGAGAGAGAUUACAGGGAGACAAGAGAGGAGAGGGAUUACAGGGAGACUAGAGGGGACAGGGAUUACAGGGAGACUAGAGGGGACAGGGAUUACAGGGAGACAAGAGAGGAGAGGGAUUACAGGGAGACUAGAGAGGAGAGGGAUUACAGGGAGACAAGACGGGAAAGGGAUUACAGGGAGACAAGAGAGGAGAGGGAUUACAGGGAGACUAGAGGGGAGAGGAAUUUUUUUUCUGUUAAUAAACAUUUCAUGUCUUUAAUUGAUAACAUUGUUUAA